CAUAUGUGCUUGAGGUAAAGCGUUUAGCUAACAUAGAUAUUGUAUAAAAAUGGGCAUGGAGGAAGAGCAAGAACUUUGCAAUGAAAAAUUGAAGCAUAGCGCUGAUGACACACACCAAAAUCAGUCAAAGUUGAGUCAUAAGAAAUGGAAAGCUCUUCAUAGGAAAGAGAAGAGGAAACUGAGAAGGCAAGAAGAAGCUAGGCAGAGACAAGAGGAAAUAAAUGAAGAGGAGGAAAAAAAACAGAAUUCUCCAUCCCAUCUGGUUAGACUGAAAGAAGUAGAAGAGAAUGAGAUUUUACGAGAACAGCGUGAAGAGGCUGAGAGGGCGUACCUGACAAAGGUGUGGGAGGAAAAGGAGAGGCUGGCACAGGAAGAGUGGAAACUCAAGAAGGAGCGGGAGAUCAAGGAAAAAGAAAAGAGAAUAGAAAUCGAGAAAAAAAUAAAGGAAGAAUGGGAAGAGAGACAAAGAAAAGAAAAGGAAGAAGAAGAAUUGAAAGGAAAGAAGAAAGAGAAGCAGGAGGAGCUUCUAAAGGAAGCAACAGCCAAUGAAAAUAAGAUUGAAACCUGGCACAAUCCCAUAUUAACUCGGUUACCAGGCAAAGAGCGAGAUCCCUGUAUGUUUUUUUCCAAGACAGGGUCAUGUAGAUUUGGUGACAGGUGCUCCAGGGGACAUCCUGAGCCUGAAGCCAGCAAUACUCUGCUAUUUGCCAGCAUGUAUAAUCACUUUGAAUUGGAGCAAGGACUCAAAGAUGACCUUGACACAACAGAUGUGGCCUUGGAAUAUGAAGACGGAGAGCUCUAUCAAAACUUCCAGGACUUCUAUAACGACAUUGUCCCAGAAUUCAAAAACUACGGAAGAGUAACCCAGGUCAAAGUGUGCAGUAACUAUGAGCCCCACCUACGUGGCAAUGUCUAUGUGCAAUAUAAAAGUGAAAACAGUGCACAAGAGGCCUUUAUGAAUCUGAAUGGGAGAUUUUAUGGAGGCAAGCAAUUAUCUUGCCAGUUUGUUGAGAUCAAGAAGUGGAAAUCUGCAAUUUGUGGAUUAUAUGGAAGUGGGAGAUGUCCAAAGGGAAGGAACUGCAACUUUCUACAUGUGUUUAAAAAUCCCAGAAAUGAAUUCUGGGAUGCAGAUAUGGAUACAAACCAUGAACGUAUGAAGACAAGAAGGCGUAGAUCGAGGUCUAGGUCCUGGUCAAGAAAGCAUAGGUCAAGACGAGCACGUAGGUCAAGGUCAAGAUCAUAUGAUAGUCAUAGGCAACAUUCUACAAAAUACUCGAGGUCAAGAAGUAGGUCUAGAGAAAGGUCCCAUGUAAGACCAGGGAGGAGAAGAAAUAGGUCAAGAUCAAGAAGCAGAUCUCGAGAUCUAUUGAAAAGUAGGUCAAAAAGGGAUAGACAGAGACGAUCACGUAGCUGGUCACAAGAAAGAUCAAAUGGCAGAUCCAAGAAAUCAGAAAAAUGUGAGAGAGGAUCAAGAUCCAGAAGUCGAUCACAAAGUAGAUCCAGACGACAGAGCAAAAGAGAGAGAAGGUCAAGAUCAAGAUCUAGACCUGAUAGUCAGUGUCCAUUAUCUAUGUCUGAUGAAGAAACUUUGGACAAUCUUGAUUUAGAAGACGGUAGGAAAUUUGAACCGGUGACAUCUGUUAAUGGAGUGGAUAAAUGUGAGAACAAUACAAAUAAAAAUCAUUUGCGAAAGUCUAAUUCACCGGAAAGUUCAGCGAAAAAGAAACAUAAAAAGCACAAAAAACACAAACACAAGAAAAAAUCGUACUUGGAAUCCUCAGAUAUUGAAUAAAUGUUUCAAAAAUUUUA